AUGCACUUGAGUCCUUCUAUUUAAAAACGAGACUCUCCUAAUGAAAUUAUUAAAGCUAGAAUGGAAAAAAAACCAAGUGGUAGAUUUACAUUUCUUAAAACAUCAUAAGAUGAUCAUCAAUAAUAAGUAUAAAAUAAUAGAGAUCGCAUUAAAUCUAAUUUAAGGGGUAUUUAGUAUAAUUAACAUAUAGGAUAGAUUCUACAUAUUUUAAAUAAACCAUUACCAGUUAACAAAGAUUAAAUUGAAUAGUUAUAAGAUCUUGCAAAAAAAUUAGAUGUGGAAAUUAAUUCAGUUGAUUCAGAAAUUAUAUGUCCUAAUACUAAAGAAUUUGAUAAUAAUUAUGAUAUUUUAGAAGUAUUAGGUGAAGGUUGUUUAGGAUUAGUCAAAAAGAUUAUUCACAAAACUACUUAAGAAUUAUUUGCUGUCAAGAUAGUAUAGACUUAAGAUGAUGAAAUUAUUAGAAAUGUAAUUUAAGAAUUAAUUAUUUUAGAUGAUCAUUGAAUUUAAGAGACUUAUUAAAUUAUCACAUGAAAAUAUUGUUAAAGUACAUAAAUUAUAUGUUGAUUUUGAUAAUAGCUUUCAAUCUGAAAGUAAAGCUUAUGUUGUAAUGGAACUGAUUGAAGGAUAGGAAAUGUUUGAAGUUUUAAAUUCAUUAGGUCAUUAUUGUGAAGCAGAUGCUAAAGAAAUAUUUAAAUAAUUAUUAAGUGCAAUUGAAUAUUUACAUAGAAACGGUAUUUGCCAUAGAGAUCUAAAACCAAAUAAUAUACUUUGCGUAAAUAGUAUUUAUCAUUUUGUUAUUAGAUAAAAAGUAAAUAAAAGUGACUGAUUUUAAUGUAAGUAAAUUUAGUGAUUCAUAUAAAGAAUUUGGAGAUUUAAAAGAUAGAGAUAAAAUAGAAAUGUGGACAUAUACUGGAACAGUAGCAUUUUCUGCUCCUGAAAUAUUUACAGGAGAAGGAUAUAAGUAAUAAAAUAUAUGAUAUAAAUUAGUUAGAUGGUUGACAUGUGGAGUGCUGGUUGUAUUUUAUAUUCAAUGUUAUCAGGAUAAUUACCAUUUAAUGCAGAUUAGUAUUUAUUAAAUUAAUAUUAGCUUGAAUGAUUUAAUUGAUAAUAUUAAAGAAGCUAAGAUUUAAUUCCCUUAAGAAUUAUUUGAGGGAGUAUCUGAGGAAGCAAAAUAAUUGAUUACUGAAUUAUUAUAAAAAGAAUGGAAUUUAAGACCUCAUCCUGAUACAGCAUUAAAACAUAUAUGGUUCAGUGAAAAUUAAUAAUUAUUAGAAAGUCAAAGAAGUCUUUUAAUAAGAUUAAAUCAUAGAAAAAAUGAUCCAAGAUUGAUUCUUAAAUAAAGACAUAAUAGAAGAUAAUAAUCAAUACUUUUAGGUUCUUAAUAAUUAAUAAUUAAUCUUCAUUCUAUGGAAUUAAAAUAAGAAAAUAUAUUUUAAUAAACUUAAUAAUAAUUAUCAAAUAUGUGUUCAAUGAGAUUAGAUUAAUGUCCAAAGAAAAGCUAAUUUAGUUUUACUUCUUAUAAAGUACCUGAAAAUGAACUCAGUAUUUAUUAAUAUUUGCCACCACCUUCACCUGAUAAACAAAAUGAAAUAGAAAAAUUUGAAUUUUUUGAAUCUGAAAUGAUGGAUACACUUAUGCAAUGUUCAGGUAGAUUAUAGGAAGAUGAAAAAAUAAAGAAUCUCGAAGAAAAUUCUGAUUAAGCUUGUUGAUAUUAUGAAACAGC